UAUUAAGCGGAGACAAAUCCUUCUCAGUUUGGAAGGGGGCGGCGCGGGGAGGGAGGUGGCCGGCGUAAUGCGGACCAGAUGCGGCCUGGGGAGUUGCGGAGCCCUGGGCGGGGGCUGGGGAGGGGGCGCGGCCGGCAGCCCAGUUCCCAGCCUGCGGAGCGCAGAGGCCGCCCACACCCUCCCAGCUUCCUGGUCCACGCGAACCCCGCAGUGCUCCGGGCAUUGCCUGGGUCUGGCUUUGGUCUCGCCCGCGCAGAUCCCGUUCAAACUCAGCUGCCACCAAGUGCGCCUUUUCUCUCUGGAUUGCGAUUCUGCACGAAUUUUCCGGUUGAGGGUGGUUCGGCGCUCAGCCAGCCUCUGCCCUCGAAGACGCGGCCUUGGGCUAGGAACCUCCAGGCGGAUGCCGCCAUGCAGCACUACGGGGUGAACGGCUACUCACUGCACGCCAUGAACUCACUCAACGCCAUGUACAACCUGCACCAGCAGGCAGCCCAGCAGGCCCAGCAUGCCCCCGACUACCGGCCUUCAGUGCAUGCGCUUACAUUGGCUGAGCGCCUGGCUGACAUCAUCUUGGAGGCCCGUUAUGGUUCCCAGCACCGCAAACAACGUCGCAGCCGCACGGCGUUCACGGCUCAGCAGCUCGAGGCCCUGGAAAAGACCUUCCAGAAGACUCACUACCCAGAUGUGGUGAUGCGUGAGAGGCUGGCCAUGUGCACCAACCUGCCUGAGGCCCGGGUGCAGGUGUGGUUCAAGAACCGCCGGGCCAAGUUCCGGAAGAAGCAGCGUAGCCUGCAGAAGGAACAGCUCCAGAAGCAGAAGGAGGCUGAGGGCUCCCAUGGGGAAGGCAAGGCCGAGGCCCCCACUCCAGAUACCCAGCUGGACACUGACCAGCCCCCACGUCUGCCUGGCAGCGACCCCCCUGCUGAGCUUCACCUGAGUCUGUCUGAGCAGUCAGCCAGUGAGUCAGCCCCCGAGGAUCAGCCGGACCGUGAGGAGGACCCCAGGGCAGGGGCUGAGGACCCCAAAGCUGAGAAGAGCCCUGGGGCUGACAGCAAGGGGCUGGGCUGCAAGAGGGGCAGCCCCAAGGCAGAUUCCCCAGGCAGCCUGACCAUCACUCCUGUGGCCCCAGGGGGUGGCCUCCUGGGCCCCUCCCACUCCUAUUCCUCGUCCCCGCUGAGCCUCUUCCGUCUGCAGGAGCAAUUCCGCCAGCACAUGGCGGCCACCAACAACCUGGUGCACUACUCGUCCUUCGAAGUAGGGGGUCCGGCCCCUGCUGCUGCAGCGGCGGCUGCUGCUGUGCCCUACCUGGGCGUCAACAUGGCCCCGCUGGGCUCACUGCACUGCCAGUCCUACUACCAGUCCCUGUCAGCAGCCGCUGCUGCCCACCAGGGUGUGUGGGGGUCUCCUCUGCUGCCUGCACCCCCAGCAGGCCUGGCUCCUGCAUCAGCUACCCUGAACAGUAAAACCACAAGCAUCGAGAACCUGCGGCUCCGGGCCAAGCAGCACGCGGCCUCCCUGGGACUCGAUACGCUGCCCAACUGACUGUCUGGCUUCCAACCCAGCCAGGGGUCUUAGGUGUCCCCUCCUAGCCCUGUGGUUAUCCCUAGGUGGCUCUCAAGGAGUUAACUCCAUGAGCCCAGGGAUCCUAGGGCCUGGGGUCCUGUUCCCUGCUCCGCUUCCCCAUACCCCAGCCCGAGGUGAAGCCCACACCUACACACCCUCUGCAUGGCCCUGCCUGGACCCCAUGGAGGCCGAAUAGGGAGGAGGUGAGAGGCUGGGGUGCCCCAAGCUUCCCUCGGGGAAGUGAGAGGCUCUCCCUGGCUAGAUCCUCAUCUCAAUAGCACCUCCUCCCUUUUCUCCCUAUCCUUCUGCCCCCUAGUAAGUCUACGUGUGGAAUGUGAGAUAUAAAUAUAAAUAUAUAAAGCUAUAUUUUCAGGCUCCUGCCUGCCCCAGGCCCCCUGCCCCACUCCCAUCUCUUCUUCCCUGCCACCCCUCCCUGCAGCCUCCGCGGCUCACUCCAGCCAUCCCUUCUGUUUCUCCUUCUCUCUCCUUCCUUCUUCCCUUGAUCUCCCUCUUCCUGUCUCUGUCCUGGUCCCUGCCCCCGUCUCGGCCCAGCCUCUGUAUUCUCCACCCUUGAUCUUUCUCCCUGUCUCUCCCGCUGCCCCUGGUUUCUUCCUUUGGUGUUGGCUGUGUUGGUAUCAUCAGUUCUUGAGCUAUAUUUUGUUUGGGGUUGUGGCUGGUUUUGGUUUUAGUAAUUUUGCGACUCCCCGUUGCUCUCCUUCUAUUCCCUUCCUUCUGCCCUGCCUGCCUCCCUGCACCUGCGGCCUCUCUAGGAAGCUGUUCCUUUCUAUGCCCAAUAGAAGCAACAAGGCCCUAGCUGGAGACUCUGGGGAUCUGGAGCUGCAGGCAGGAGGUGGCACUGGCUCCCACUCCCACCCCUGCCCAGGCUGGCAUCUAGAAGGCGUCAUGAAUUACUUUCUCUUCUCUCUUCUCAAUUUUGAGGUCCUCAUUCCCAAGAUUGAGGAGGCAGUAGUUAAGCUGGGAAGGCAGUAGAAUGGCCAGCAUUUCUGCCUGUAAGUCUUCCCAAGACAGAGGCCUGGUGACACAGUUCAGCCAGGACUGACCACAGGGCUCUAGAGCUCUCUUUGGUGAGACUUCCCUGGAUGGAGAGCAGCAGCAGGGGAAGAGGUGCUCUCAGAGACAGCAGGGCUGGUGCUCCUCUCCCACAAGCUGAGCCUCCACAUUCAGCAGAUACUGUCCAAGGCAGGGGUACGGCUGACCAGGAAUGAAGGUUGAACUCUGCUCCUGAGCACGGUGCAUGCAAAGCAUAUAGCAGCACAUAGGCUCAGGCUUCUGUAGGCUUCCUGUCCCAGAGCCAAUUAUGGAAGUAAGGGCUUCCCUCCAGCUAGUCACUGGAAUGGAAAAGUGUGUUCCUGUUCAUAGCCAGGAAACCCAGCUCAGCAAACUCCCUUUCAAAGCUGUGUGACCAGCUGGGCAUGGUGGCUCACACCUGUAAUCCCAGCACUUUGGGAGGCCAAGGCAGGCAAUCACCUGAGGUCAGGAGUUCAAGACCAGCCUGGCUAACAUGUGAAACUAAUAAUAAUACAAAAAUUAGCCGGGCUUGGUGGCACAUGCCUGUAAUCCCAGCUACUUGGGAGGCUGAGUUGGGAGGAUUGCUGCAAUCUGGGAGGUGGAAGUUGCAGUGAGCCGAGAUCAUGCCACUGCACUCCAGCCUGGGCGACGGAGUGAGACUCCAUCUCAAAAAAAAAAAAAAAAAAAAAAAAAAAGCUGUGUGACCUUGGGCAAGCCUGUAGCCUCUCUGGGUCUGUUUCCCUGUCUGGGUUAGAUGGCCUGUAAGGUCCUAGCCAGCUCUACAUUCUGCAUUUUUGCUUGCAACCUUGUAACACAGAAGUUUUUAGUUAAAUUGACAACAACAGAAGGUUCUCAAAAGCACAAUAUAUGAAGUAGGAAAUUACUAUUGCCUUUCUGUGGAGCAAGGGGUGUUGUACACACAAGCCUCACUGUAGACACUGCCUCAGUUUCCCCAUAAGCAUAAUGGGUCCCUUCUAGUUCAGGCAAUCUGGAUUUGAUCUUGAGUUCCAGUGCCAGCCUCUGGGGUCACUCCAUUUUCAUACCUUUUCAUGAUCUCAGGGGCUCUGGGCAGUGGGAGGUGAUGGCUUGGACAGAUUCUUGGUCAUGCUCCCCAACUGUUGGUGGCUUACCACUGAACACUCCAAACCCUGCUUAAAGAAGUUGAUCUAUCUGAAAGCCAGGGUAAAGAUUGCUAAGGCUUGUCUCCUCUCCCAGUGGGAAGAGAGAGGUUCUGUUGGUGUCCUGGUUGAAUUGCUUUGCAGAGAAGUCAAUGCCCAUCACCCUUGAUGGGGGUCAGCCUAGGCUGGGGCAGAUGGAGAAGGCUUUGGACAGGAAAAAAGUGAGCGGGAUGGUAGUCUAGGCCAGGAGGAGUGUUUGAACAAAGCAGCAGAGAUGAGACUCAGUAGACCAUGGGAAGGGGGUGGCUGGCUUCACGAGAGGUGGGGCUAAGGGGCCUGGAAUCCAGGCUAAAGACCGCACCUACAUGUGGCAAGCACCAAGACAGGCAUUUGAGGGUUUCCAAAUCCUCAGGUCUCUUGCUGGGGUCUGGAAUUUGGAAGGGGAAUCCACCAGCCAUGGGGGCAUCAGAGGAGAGACUUAGGCAGCGCUGUGGGAGGUUGGCAGAUUCCAGGAGUGACAGAGGAGGUUUUUGGUUUGGGAGGGAUUUUGUGGCCAAUAGCCCAUCAACUGUCCUCUGGGAUUAGCCCCAGGAAGUUCUGUUUCUAAAACAAAAAAUAAUCAUCUGGAUAGGUAUGGGAAGCUUCCUAGCUGCUUUUAGGCUGAAGCUUUUUGUCAGUUCCUGGGUACAAGUGACUGUCACUAGGCCUUGGAAUCCAACAGCCUUAGAUAUCACUACCUCCUCCAGGAAGCCUCCCCUGAACUCCUAAGGGGCAAUGUUCUGUCAUGGCUGGAGGCAGGCCCACCUUAGGAGCAGCCCAACUUCCCUCAGAUGUUUGUUAACACUUGUCCCAUUCAAUUGACCCAAAUCUGCCAGAGAAGGCAGGGAAGGUACAUGUGGUCCCUGCCCUCGGAGGGCUCUCAAGUUUAGGGCACCAGCCUUGGGUACUGAAAGCAGCUGGAGAGCAAGAGGAGAGCACACCUGUGUCUCCUCCAAGCACACUGGUAAGCGGCACCGUGCAUCUCCUCUGAGCACGCUUGUAAGCAGCACCGCACUUCCCUUCUUGUGGGCAGAGGGUACAGGCCCACCACACCUGAUGCUGGAGCCCCUCCCAGGCCUGCUGGGCCAACCUGGGCCUGAAAGCCAGAGGCUCAAGCUCUGACUGUCCCUUCCAGGAAUGCCUCAUGCCUGGCCUCUCCCUGCUGUCUGAGUCUCCAUUUCUCUGUUUCCUCACUCCCUCAGAGCAUGGUCCAGGGGCCCGGAUCCCCACCCCAACUCCAAGGCUGGUGGGCUCUACAGACUGCUUUCCAAACCAGCUGUUUUGUGACCAUUUGUGCUUAGAGGUCGUGCCAGCCCAUGGCAAAGACACUGUGUACUGUAUUUAUUUAUUCUGUUAGUGGAAAAAAACAAGACUUAAUUCACCCCUGCCUGUCCCCUCGCCUGCCCCCUGUGUAGUGCAGCAUGACACUCUGUGUAUCUGUCCUUCUGUCAGUCUCAUUCCCUGUGAUGUUGUGACCUGUUCUUUGUCUUACUUGGCGAAUAAAAGAGAACCCAGCAGCCCA